AUGACCAAAGUGUUCAUUACUGGUAUCACAGGGUACAUUGGAGGAGAUGCCACAGCCACUCUCGUUGCCAAGCAUCCUGAAUUCACUUGUUCUGCACUAGUUCGCAGUACUGAAAAGGCCGAGCAAGUGAAAGCCCAGUACCCAAACAUUGGGGUCGUAAUCGGCGAUCUCGAUGAUUCGGCCCUACUCGAGCGAGAAAGUGCCGCCGCAGACAUCACUUUCGCAGACACAGCAGAUGCCUCUGAUCAUGCAGGCGCUGCAAAGGCCAUCGCCGCAGGCCUCGUCGCCGGCCACAGCAAGGAGAAUCCAGGCUACUGGCUGCACACAGGAGGGACUGGAAUCCUAACCUUUGAAGACUGCGACAAGAACGAAUUUGGCAAUUACAGUGACAAGGUGUAUGAUGACUGGAGCGGGGUUGAGGAAUUGCUCAAUCUUCCCGAUCAUGCUUUCCAUCGUAAUGUGGACCAGCUCGUACUGGAGGCCGGAACGAAGCAUGCGGACGUGCUUAAAACCGCUCUGGUCUGCCCACCUACGAUCUACGGUCGUGGCCGAGGACCAUGCUCUCAGCGCGGUCGCCAGGUCUAUGAGCUCGCCAGCGUCACUCUCCGACUUCAAAAAGGACCCAUCAUUGGAGCAGGCAAAUCCAUCUGGAACAAUGUCCACAUCCACGAUUUGAGCGACGUGUACCUGCUACUCGUGGACGCCGCGGUUGCAGGCCGGACUGACGACGGCCUUUGGGGACCCAAGACCUACUACUUCACCGAAGAUGGCGAGCACGUCUGGGGUGAAUUAGCCAAGUCUACAGCCGAAGCAGCCACGAAGCUGGGGUACAUCCCCGAAGCCAAGGCCGAGUCCAUCGACCUCGAGAGCGCCAAGAAAUAUGCCGGCUUCGAGUCCUUGAGCUGGGGCAUGAACUCGCGCGGUCGCGCACUGAGAGCUCGUGAGAUCCUGGGAUGGAAGCCUUCCCGGCCCAGUCUGCUCGAAGAGCUGCCUACCAUAGUUCGCAGCGAGUAUGAGCGCAUGCAGUAG